GCAAGAUACCCUGAAGAUGGCUUCAUCGAGCGCUACACUUGGCAAGCUGCCGGAGUUCGACCCGGACAACGGGGACUUCGAGGUCUACCUCGAGCGUCUCGAGUGCUUCAUCGCCGCCAACGACAUUGCAGAAGAAAAGAAACUGCAGGUCUUCUUGACUACGAUCGGCGAAAAGGCUUACGGGACGCUAAGGAGCUUGCUUCUUCCAAAGACGCCUACGAAAGUAACAUUCGAGGUUGCCGUUGAUGCACUUAAAAAGCACUAUGCUCCCAAAAGUUCCGUGGUGACGGAAAGGUAUCGCUUCCACCAACGAAAACAAGAGAAGCAUGAAAGCGUGGCGGACUUCAUCGUGGGUCUGAAGAAAUUGGCGGCGACGUGUGCGUUUGGCACAUUUCUAGAGGAAGCUCUGCGGGACCGACUAAUCGCCGGCCUUCAAGCAGACGCUGUGCGCUGCCGACUGCUAGCCACGCCAGACGCUGAGCUGACUUGGGAACGCGCCUGCAACAUCGCCGUGGCUAUGGAAGCAGCUACGAAAGACACUCAGCAGAUGGCCUCUACAAAGAGCGAAGGCAUCGCAGCGAGCGUCUCCGACUUGCACUGGCAAGGACAAGCAAAAGAACGGCGUCCACAAGCAAGUGCUGGCAAGAACGCGAAGAAUUUUCAUCAGAGCCACCGGACACUCAGCUGGCACCGGAACAAGCACAAGGAUCACCCGACCCUGACUGUUCCCCACCGAUCACCGUUAGAAGCAGCAGCCGAAAUCGACGGCCUCCAGACCGCUGGGGUUAUAGCCACUCAUAAAUAG